CAGGAAUCAGGGACCUAACCAGGGCCAGCAUUCGUUAUCGUCGUUCCUCUGAUGUCAUUAUGCACCUCUUCUCCAGUCUUUGCUCUACCAGGCUCCAGCAGGGCUGGUUUUGAGUUGGUCCCUUGGUACACCACAAAAAAAACCAUAGGUAUCCGGAUCCAGAACCUAGCAGGAAAGGAGAAGCAGGGUCUCGACUUUUCCCACAUUUGCAAAGAUGACGACAGCAUUCAACCCAAUAUAAACCUGACCUCCUUCCCCGGAGGUUGUCCCCCGGACCAAUCUCACUCGCUCCCGACAUGCCGCAACGGAUCGGUGUUGUCUUACGCCCCAAACGGGGACGUACGCCGGCAGGCGGGACGGCCAAACCAAAUGCACAUACUCUUUUUUUUUUCGAACACACGCAUAUGUAGCGCGCAGCCAAAAUGUCUUCUUAAACUUGUUUCCAUUGUUUCGCAAAGGCAUGCAAGCAAGGAAACUUGUACCUACACGGCUUACUCGUCUGCUCAUCCACCCGCGGGGUGCCGAACCAAGCAAAUCCGGAAGACUGCACAAUUAUUUCGGUUUGGAUUGGCACGAUUGGGCCCGGGAAGCCUUCCAAAGUUCCAGAGCACUUUUUGCUGGUUAGCGAUGAGUGUUUGGGAAGGAAAAAGUUGGCUCUAGAUCCCCUCUCCUCCCCCCUCGAAACAAGUAUGAUCCUUGACCGCCCUUUUCUCGCGGCGUCGCGCGUCCUGUUGCCGGAAGCUUGGAAGUAGUACCCGGAAUCGAUCCGUCCCAGAAUGAGGUACUCCUUGGAGCAAUGGAGAGAGAGGGGUCCUGGUCUGUUGUCCUUUUCCUCUUUCCCCUUGGUCACUGUGGGCGACGUCCACAUUGCCGCAUAAUGACGUCAGUGAAGCAAAACAUGCGCCCCAUUGUUUCCACUUCCUUUGUCGAAACGUUCACGUUGCAAUUGCCCUGGUCACCCUGCUCCGUUUCCAAC